AUGAAAGCUUCUGAUCUUGCUGGGAGUGGUUUUGAAAAGGGCAUUAGAGGAGGAAUGGAUUUGAGUGAUGAAGAAAAUUCAAUUCAGGGCAAUGAUGAAAUGACAACUGAUGAUGGUACACAGUACGGGUCAGAUUAUAAUGAAGAGGAUCAAUACUCAGAUUAUGACCAGCCUGAUAUGAAUGAGUCACCAUACAGUGAUUCAGAUUCCUCAAAUUUGUCAGAUCAUUUCUAUGGUUAUGGAGAUGAGAUGAACAGUGAUGCUGAAGAAGAUGAUAACGCCGAUGUUGAGGACAUAAAUGUGUCAUUGCCUAAUGCUGUUCAAGGUAUGGUGAAGAUUGAUAACUUGCAAGAUAUACUUGGCAUUGAUCUAAAACAGUUGGUUCCCCUUGACUUGAUGAAUUAUGAGUUUCUGGAUAGUGAGGUGGCUUAUCUUUUCUACCACUGGUAUGGACGAGUAAAUGGGUUUGCCGUGAGGAAAAGCAGAAAGAUUCACAACAAGGAGGGAUUACUUAUACAGCGCAAUUUCGUUUGUCAUAAAGAAGGCUUGCGUGAAGACAGGGGUUUGACUAUGGAUAAGCGUCAGCGUGAACCAAGGUCAGAUUUCAGGUGUGGGUGCACGGCGAAAUUCCGGGUACAUGUGGAUACUUCAAAUGGUCGGUGGUAUGCAAAACUGUUUACCGAUGUGCAUAAUCAUGUGUUGGAAGAGGAUAAAAUGUGUGGCAUGAUAGCAGCCCACAGGAAAAUGAAUGAGUCAGAUAUUCUGCAUAUGAACAACAUGUCACGGGCUGGUGUAAGUACUCCUCAUAUCCACAGCACAUUUGCCAACCAAACUGGGGUAUUUCAAAAGGUUAGAUUUUCGAAAGAAAAUAUGUACAAUGUUCAAGGAAGACAGAGGAGAAAGAAGAAGAAGGAUGAGCCAUCGAAAAGUGAUGCGGAAUUUGCAAUAAGUUAUAUUCGUGGGAUGGGAAGCAAAGAUCCAUUACUGUAUUGUCGGCACAUUGCUAAUGAAGAUGGAAAUCUUGAUCGCCUUUUCUGGAGUGAUGGGAUAAGUCAGCUAAACUAUCAAAUAUUUGGUGAUGUUGUCGCCUUUGAUGCCACGUAUGGAAAGAAUCGAUACAAAUGCCCCUUUGUUGUAUUUUGUGGAGUCAAUCAUCACAACAAAAGCACAAUUUUUGCUACUGCUCUGGUUUCGAAUGAGAAGAUAGAAACGUAUGUGUGGUUACUUGAGAGGUUUUUAGAAGCUAUGAAAGGAAAAGCACCUAUGUCUGUUAUUACUGAUGGUGACAGAGCAAUGAAAGCGGCCAUAAAGCAAGUGUAUCCAAAUGCCCACCAUAGAUUAUGUGCAUGGCACAUCCUUGAUAAUGCUAGAAAACAUGUGCAUAUACCUGAAUUCAUUACUGAGCUAAGGAAAUGCAUGUUUACGGAGUUUGAUGUGUCUGAGUUUGAAGAUCAAUGGGCUGCGAUUGUUGCAAAGUUUAGGCUUGAAGAAAAUGUUUGGGUUCAGGAAUUAUAUGAAAGGAGGAUGAUGUGGGCUGCCGCACACAUGAAGGGUCGGUUCUUUGCUGGAUUUAGGACAACAUCCCGAUGUGAAGCAUUGCAUUCUCAGAUUGGUAAGUUUGUGAAAAAGCGUUAUAACCUUACUGAAUUUGUACAGCACUUUCAUCGUUGUUUGAACUAUCUGCGGUAUAAGGAAAUAGAGUCUGACUUUAACUCUUCGUAUGGGAAAAUUGUGCCGAAAACAAAAGUUAGAGACUUAGAGAAGUCUACUGCAGCCCAGUUUACUAAGGGUGUAUUUUUAAAAUUCAGGAUGGUACUUGAAAGGCUUGGAACAAUGAUUGUGUUAGGCUUUGAGGAAAAUAUGACAUGCACAAAUUACAUAGUGACAAACUAUCCUGCAAAGGACAAAACUUGGCAUGUGUCAUAUCAUGAAUCCACCGUUCAAUUUACUUGUUCAUGUUAUAAGAUGGAGACCCAUGGGCUUCCCUGUGAUCAUCUAGUUGCUGUGCUGGUGUAUUUGGGUAUUAGGGAAAUGCCCAAGUGUCUGGUGCUUGAUAGGUGGACCAAAUCUGCAAAGCAUGGAAUUCGGGCUGCAUUUAAUGAUGACACAUUGUAUUGGGAUUCUCACAAUUUGUGUCAAUACUCGUCUAUGGUGGAUCAUUGUCACUAUAUGUGCAAUUUAUCUCUAGUAAAUGAUGAAGAGAUUCAUGAGACCCGAGCCAUGAUUGCUAAGCGUGUUCAAUUUUUAAAAUUGAAGUAUGAAUUUUCAGCUCCUCCUAAUGGUGCUGUUGGCGGGGUGGGUUCUGUCCGGCUGGGCAAGCCUACACCAGCUGUUAGAGAUGAUAUUACACGCCCGUCAAAGGCGAAAGGCAGGCGCCCGAAUAAAUGUAGUCGAUGUAAGGUGGCUGGACACAACAAAAAGUCAUGUCCUCAAGGCCUGACUGGCGGUCGUCAUGGUGUUGACACUUCCCAUGCUGGGACAUCUAAUAAUCAUCCUGGCAAUGAGAAUUUAUUUGUUGCGGGUUUUGUUGAUUAUGGUGGUUUGCCAGAGGAAGAUUAA